CAAAAAAGGAAGACCCCCCGAUACCUCCCAUUUGUUGCCACGACUCCUUGUCUCAUUCUUUACCAUCAUGUCUCGUCCAACAUAUACCCAAUGCCUCCUUAAUGCGUGGUUGGCUCUGUUUCUUUUCAUUACUGCUGUUCAGGCCCAUAUGAUUGAUGUCGUCGCUGGCAAGAAGGAGUGUUUCUUCGAGGACUUGCAUAAACAAGAUAAGAUGACAGUGACAUACCAAGUCGGCGGAGGAGGACAUUUGGAUAUUGACUUUUGGCUAACGGGCCCUGGUGGAGGUGUCCUGGGAAAGCAAGUCAAGCAAUCUACUGGCUCUCUUUCGAUAACCGCAGAAAAAGACGGCCGACACGAAUACUGUUUCUCCAACCAAAUGAGCGCUAUCGCCGACAAGCUUGUUAGCUUCAACGUUCACGGUGUCAUCUAUGUUGGGGAAGAUGACGUCGUCGCGCCUAUUGAACGAGAAAUUCGCCUGUUAGCCAGUGGACUUGCCGCCGUAAAGGACGAACAAGAGUACAUUGUUGUACGAGAACGCACACAUCGAAACACUGCGGAAUCUACCAACUCCCGCGUAAAAUGGUGGUCCGUGCUACAGGCUAUUGUCCUAUUUUCAGUCGUUGCAUGGCAGGUUUACUAUCUCAAGUCAUUCUUCGAGGUAAAACGUGUAAUAUAAACUAUGUGCAAUAUACUGGACUAUUAGCGUUAUUCCUUUGGUAGAUCUGUAAUUAUUGGGUGAACAACACGACGAACAGUAG